GCGGGCGUGGUGACGGGGCGGGGCUGUAGGCUGCGCGCCGCGCGCUGUCCCAGGUCGGAAACCAGAGCCGCAGGCAGCGAGAAGUGCAGCGCCUGGCAGGGAUGCUGCGGGCGGGAGCACCAACCGGGGACUUACCCUGGGCAGGAGAAGUUCACACCGGGACGACCAUCAUGGCGGUGGAGUUUGACGGGGGUGUGGUGAUGGGCUCUGACUCUCGGGUGUCUGCAGGAGAGGCCGUGGUGAACCGAGUGUUUGACAAGCUGUCCCCUCUCCACCAGCGCAUCUACUGUGCACUCUCUGGUUCAGCGGCUGAUGCCCAAGCCGUGGCCGACAUGGCCGCCUACCAGCUGGAGCUCCAUGGGUUGGAACUGGAAGAAGCCCCGCUUGUUCUGGCUGCUGCAACAGUGGUGAGAAACAUCACCUACAAGUACCGGGAAGACUUGUCUGCACAUCUCAUGGUAGCUGGCUGGGACCAGCGUGAAGGGGGCCAGGUAUAUGGAACCCUGGGAGGAAUGCUGACCCGACAGCCAUUUGCCAUUGGUGGCUCCGGAAGCACCUAUAUCUAUGGUUAUGUGGACGCAGCAUAUAAACCAGGCAUGUCCCCAGAGGAGUGCAGGCGCUUCACCACAGAUGCUAUUGCUCUGGCCAUGAGCCGGGAUGGCUCUAGCGGAGGUGUCAUCUACCUGGUCACCAUUACAGCUGCUGGUGUGGACCAUCGAGUCAUCUUGGGCAAUGAGCUGCCAAAAUUCUAUGAUGACUGAAUCUUCCUCAGACGUCUGUCUCUCAUUUUAUAAUAAAUGUUCUAGGAUCAGAACCUGGUAUGGUCAGUGGGACAUGGGAGCUCAGGAAGAUGUAGCUAGGGGAGGAGGCUGAAGAAGACAUCCUCCCAGAUGUCAACAUAUCCUUUUCAUCCUGUUGUCCCAGGUCUAAAAUGUCUUUCCCAGACAAAGGAAGGGGAAAAUAGUAGAAAUAUAAUGACCCUACACGUGGCAGGUCAUUAUGUAGUGAGUGAUUGCAAUGUUUUACAAACAAUAAAAACUCUCAUUCGGAUGUCCAGGGAAUGAGGGUGCAAGUGA